CCCUUUGUUGUUUCUGAUUAUUGCAGUGCAGUAGUUCAUCUGGGAUUGAAAGCAGCGAGAGGAAUCUCAGAAGUUCGAGAUUAGUGAAAUCUCAUCAGUCUGGUUUAUAGAAGAAGGGAGGAUGGCUCAAGAAACGAACCGCAGCCAAGUGCCUAUGCUUUGUUCCACUGGCUGCGGAUUUUACGGGAAUCCUCGCACAAAUGGCAUGUGCUCAGUGUGCUACAAAGAACACCUUCAAAGGCAGAACAGCAAUGGUAGAAUUAGCCCUCCUGCAGCCUCUGUCAGUAGUAUCACCGAGUCCUUACCGGUCCAGUGCACAGAGGGCAGUGCCCAGGAAACUCAGUCCACUUUAGAUUCUACAUCGACUCCAUCUAUGCAGCCAAGCCCUGUGUCAAGUCAGUCACUUUUAACAGAAUCCGUAGCAUCAUCCCAACCGGAUAGUACAGCUGUGGACAAAACAGUACCUGAGACAGAAGAGUUGCAAGCUUCAGUGUCAGAGAAUGCAGAGCCUACACCUGAAGAACAGGACAAGUCGCUUGACAAACCAAAACAGAAAAAGAAUCGUUGUUUCAUGUGCAGGAAGAAGGUUGGACUGACUGGGUUUGAAUGUCGGUGUGGGAACGUUUACUGUGGAAUGCACCGUUACUCAGACGUACACAGUUGCUCUUAUAAUUACAAAGCUGAUGCUGCUGAGAAAAUCAGAAAAGAGAAUCCUGUAGUUGUUGGGGAAAAGAUCCAGAAGAUCUGAACUGCAGCUUCUGCUGGAAUACAAAAAUCUUCUGACCAUCUGCAGAUUAAAUUGACUUGAGCUUUUUUCCUUAGUCAUCAGGAACGUAGAGCAGUGUAUCUUGCCUAGACCUUUUAAUCAUGCAUGUCAUCAGAUGAAUAGAUUUGUUUUCGUUUUUUUUUGUUUUGAAAAUGACUCUGAACAUUAUUUUCAUUGCAGUUUUCUGUGGCUGAAGACUUAAGUAAACUUUACAAGUAUUAUCCUUUAAGAUCAUUUUAAUUUUAGUUGAGUGCAGAGGGCUUUUAUAACAAACAUGGAGAAAAUAUUGGAGGGCUGUGCUUUUCCAGGAUAAAACAUGCAUGCGUUAACUUUGCAGUUUAUUUUCUUGUUGUAUAUAGAUUUUCUCUGCAGCACAAUUUCCUUUUUUUUUUUUUUAUUGAUAAUGCCUUGUAUGGCACAACUAGUUAUCAGUAACUGAAUGUAUUUUAAUCAUUAUGGCUGCUUCUGGUUUUUUUUCCCAUUAACGAGAGGUUAUACAUGUUUGCAUAUUAGCUUGUUUGCACCCUCUACCUAUUUAUGUAUGAAUCAUUUGUAAUGAGAGUGUGUGCUGAGAUUGUGUGGGGUUUUUUGUUGUUUUCUUUUUUUUUUUAAUUGGGGUUUGUUUUGUGUGUGUGGGGGGAAGGCUGUAUGCACUUCAUUGACUGCAGUUUUCUUUGGGAUUACAUCCAUCAGUUUGUCUGUACACAAAUAUGAAGAAUGAUCUGAAGUACCUGUGCUGUAUUUAUGUUUAUCCACGUCUUAACUUUGAUUAAAUAAAAUUUUAAAAAAUCGA